AUGGAGGAGGAAGCAGAGAACCUCCUGGUCAGGGAUCGGGGUUACCUGAGUCCAUCCUCUCGCUCGUACCUUUGUCCCUUGCUGAGCCCACCUUACACCCCCUCGCUCUCCCCCGUAGCAGCGACUGUGGCGGCCGUGCCCCUGGGACUAACUGCCCUGGGCUUCACCGGAACAGGAAUCGCGGCCUCAUCUAUAGCAGCCAAGAUGAUGUCCGCAGCGGCCAUUGCCAACGGGGGUGGCGUUGCCGCGGGCAGCCUGGUGGCCACUCUGCAGUCAGUGGGGGCAGCCGGACUCUCCAUGUCAUCCAACGUCCUCCUGGGCUCUGUAGGCGCUGCUUUCGGGGGCUGGCUGGGGAGUUUAAGAAAGGAGUCACCUCCCUCUCCUCCAGCUGGACCCAAUACUGAAGCAGAGGGGGGACCCCAAGGCGGAGGUGACUCUCCAAAGCCCAGUCCCCCAAACGACAAGCCCUCUGCUCCCCGAAAAUAGUUCAAGGACACAUGAGAAAUAAAGAUGAGAGGCCGUGACCUUU